AGCGUCACACUGCAAAGAGUUGUUGUUGCGCGCGGGCGGACGACGAGAAAAAAUUGGAAACGCGGAUGAAAACAACGGUUGAUUUUCACCCAACGCUCGUGAUUUUCGACCGCUUUUGAGUGUGGAAGCGAAAAAAACCGCCUGUUUUUUAACUGCAUGCGUGCGUGCUAGUGUGUGUGUGUGUGCGCGCGUGAACGUGUUCGUAAUUUAGACGCGCUGCUCGCCGCGAUUUCUGUUGUUCUGUGUGGCUCCUGUAACUACAGUAAAUACUCUGAAAAAUGUGGGCGAAACGUGUGCGAUAAAUAAGAGCCCUGAAAGCGAAAGAAAGUGUCCAACUAUCAGUCUGCUAAACAGGCGCUGUCGAUGUCCGCCAGCUAGCCAAGUGCAGAGACAUCCUACGAUCGAAGCGAGCUAACGUUACAGUAGAACACCCCCUCCUUUUUCCCCCUCAAACAAUCGAAAAGCCGGCAAGACGACGUCCAAGAAGAAGCAGUCGCAGCCGACGCGGCCGAAGACGAGCAGCAUGUUCAAGUGCAUUCCCAUCUUCAAGGGCUGCAACCGGCAGGUGGAGUUCGUGGACAAGCGCCACUGCUCCCUGCCGCAGGUGCCCGAGGAGAUUCUCCGGUACUCCCGUACGCUGGAGGAGCUCUUCCUGGACGCCAACCACAUUCGGGACUUGCCCAAGAAUUUCUUCAGAUUGCAUCGCCUGAGAAAGCUGGGACUGAGUGACAAUGAAAUUGGCCGCCUGCCGCCGGAUAUACAAAACUUUGAAAAUCUCGUCGAGCUCGACGUUUCACGCAAUGAUAUACCCGACAUUCCCGACGAUAUCAAGCAUCUGCAGAGCCUGCAGGUGGCCGAUUUCAGUUCGAACCCGAUACCCAAGUUGCCCUCGGGCUUCUCCCAGCUAAAGAACCUGACCGUCCUGGGCCUCAACGACAUGUCGCUCACCACAUUGCCAGCGGAUUUUGGCAGUCUGACUCAAUUGGAAUCCCUGGAGCUUCGCGAGAAUCUGCUCAAGCACCUGCCCGAGACAAUAAGCCAGCUGACGAAGCUGAAGCGUCUGGAUUUGGGCGACAACGAGAUCGAGGAUCUGCCACCCUAUCUGGGUUAUCUGCCUGGUCUGCACGAGCUUUGGCUGGAUCACAAUCAGCUGCAGCGAUUGCCGCCAGAGCUGGGACUCCUGACCAAACUGACCUACCUCGAUGUCUCCGAAAAUCGAUUGGAGGAGCUGCCCAACGAGAUCAGCGGUCUGGUCAGCCUGACGGACCUCGAUCUGGCCCAGAAUCUGCUCGAGGCACUGCCCGAUGGCAUUGCCAAGCUGAGCAGACUGACCAUCCUGAAGUUGGAUCAGAAUCGAUUGCAGCGGUUGAACGAUACGCUCGGAAACUGCGAGAACAUGCAGGAGCUGAUUCUGACCGAGAACUUUCUCUCCGAGCUGCCCGCCUCCAUUGGCCAGAUGACCAAGUUGAGCAAUCUGAACGUGGAUCGCAAUGCCCUGGAGUACCUGCCCCUGGAGAUUGGCCAGUGUGCCAAUCUGGGCGUGCUGAGUCUGCGGGACAACAAGCUGAAGAAGCUGCCGCCGGAGCUGGGCAACUGCACCGUGCUGCAUGUGCUCGAUGUGAGCGGCAAUCAGUUGCUGUAUCUGCCCUACUCGCUGGUAAAUCUGCAGCUGAAGGCCGUCUGGCUGUCGGAGAAUCAGUCGCAGCCGCUGCUCACCUUUCAGCCGGACACGGAUGCGGAGACGGGCGAACAGGUGUUGUCUUGCUAUCUGCUGCCCCAGCAGGAAUACCAGCCAAUUACCCCAGACUAUCCACCCAUGACGCUUUAUAGAUCAAGCGAAAAAUUUGAUUCGACGGAAUUCUUCAGUUAUCAGCAAAAAGCCCGUGACCUGGAAUCCGAUUCGGAGCCGUUCGAGGAGCGCGAACCGUCGCGCACCGUGGUCAAGUUCUCGGAGGAGGCCACUCAGGAGAAGGACACGCCCUUCGUGCGCCAGAACACGCCGCAUCCCAAGGAUCUCAAGGCCAAGGCGCAGAAGCUGAAGGUGGAGCGCAGUCGGAACGAGGAGCAUGCCAAUCUGGUCACCCUUCCGGAGGAGAACGGCACCAAGUUAGCCGAGACUCCAACCGAGACCCGAACCAUUGCAAAUAAUCACCAACAGCAGGCACACCCAGUGCAGCAACCAAUCGUUGGUGUAAAUUCCAAGCAACCAGUGGUUGUGGGUGUAGUCACUCCAACCACGACGACAGUCGCCCCAACCGGCGUACAGGGUGGCUCAGAGGGAGCCAGCUCCACCGCCAACAAUGUGAAGGCGGCAACAGCAGCUGUGGUGGCUGAAUUAGCAGCCACUGUUGGUGGAGGUGAUGAGGUCCAGGAUGAUGACGAGCAGGAGGAUGAGUUUGAAUCCGAUCGCCGCGUGGGCUUUCAAGUGGAGGGCGAAGAUGAUGACUUUUACAAGAGGCCACCCAAAUUACACAGAAGGGAUACUCCGCAUCACCUGAAGAAUAAGCGUGUCCAGCAUUUAACCGACAAGCAGGCCAGUGAAAUCUUGGCCAAUGCCCUAGCCACCCAGGAGCGGAACGAUACCACACCGCAGCACUCGCUGUCCGGCAAAGUGACAUCACCAAUUGAGGAGGAGGAGCAGCUGGAGGUAGAGCAGGAGCAGCAACAGCAGCAGCAUCCCUUCGACUCCUCACUCUCGCCCAUUUCGGCUGGGAAAACAGCAGAGGCUAGCACCGACCCAGACAACUUGGAUGGCGUUACGGAGCUCCGUUUGGAGCAGUACGAAAUCCACAUCGAGCGCACUGCAGCUGGAUUGGGUCUGAGCAUUGCCGGUGGCAAGGGCUCAACGCCCUUUAAGGGUGACGAUGAUGGCAUCUUCAUAUCAAGGGUUACCGAGGCGGGACCCGCUGAUCUGGCUGGCCUUAAAGUGGGCGACAAGGUUAUCAAGGUCAACGGGAUUGUUGUCGUGGAUGCGGAUCACUACCAAGCGGUGCAGGUGUUAAAAGCCUGCGGUGCCGUACUUGUUUUGGUGGUACAGCGUGAGGUGACUCGCUUGAUUGGCCACCCCGUGUUUAGCGAGGAUGGCAGUGUGUCCCAAAUCUCGGUCGAGACGCGACCACUGGUGGCGGAUGCCCCUCCAGCUGCAUCCAUUAGCCACGAGCGUUACAUCCCGGCACCCAUUGAAAUUGUGCCCCAACAGCAGCACCCACAGCAACAGCAACAGCAGCCCAUUCAGCAGGUGGCCCCAACGCAUAGCUAUUCGGGCAACGUGUUUGCCACACCCACUGCCGCACAAACGGUGCAGCCUGCUGCGUCUGCUGCGCCCAACGGAUUGCUACUGAAUGGCAGGGAGGCGCCACUGAGCUACAUCCAGCUGCACACAACGCUCAUCCGCGAUCAGAUUGGCCAAGGACUGGGCUUCAGCAUUGCGGGCGGAAAGGGGUCGCCGCCGUUCAAGGACGACUGCGAUGGCAUUUUCAUAUCCCGCAUCACGGAGGGCGGACUAGCGUACCGCGAUGGAAAAAUUAUGGUGGGCGACCGGGUGAUGGCGAUUAACGGCAACGAUAUGACUGAAGCCCAUCAUGACGCAGCCGUCGCCUGUUUGACUGAACCGCAGCGAUUUGUGCGUUUGGUGUUGCAACGCGAGUACAGAGGUCCACUGGAACCACCGACGAGUCCGCGAAGUCCGGCAGUGCUCAACUCUUUGAGCCCCUCCGGAUAUCUGGCCAACCGACCAGCUAAUUUCAGCCGAUCGGUGGGGGAAGUUGAGCAGCCGUACAAGUACAACACCCUGGCUACGACCACGCCCACACCGAAGUCCACUGUGCCAGCUAGUAUUAGCAACAAUAAUAACACUCUGCCCAGCAGCAAGACCAAUGGAUUUGCCACCGCUGCUGCCACGAUAGACAGUUCCACGGGGCAACCGGUGCCCGCUCCCCGUCGCACCAACUCCGUUCCAAUGGGAGAUGGAGACACUGGGGCGGGCUCCACCACCAGUGGCGAUUCUGGCGAGGCUCAGCCCUCCUCGUUGCGACCGCUGACCAGCGAUGAUUUUCAGGCGAUGAUCCCGGCACACUUCCUCAGCGGUGGCAGUCAGCAUCAGGUGCAUGUGGCCCGGCCCAACGAGGUGGGCGUGAGUGCCGUCACGGUGAAUGUGAAUAAGCCCCAGCCGGACCUGCCCAUGUUCCCGGCGGCACCCACCGAACUUGGCCGCGUCACCGAGACGAUCACCAAGUCCACGUUCACGGAGACGGUGAUGACGCGCAUCACCGACAAUCAGUUGGCGGAGCCGCUUAUCAGUGAGGAGGUUGUGCUGCCCAAGAACCAGGGCUCCCUGGGAUUCAGCAUCAUCGGCGGCACGGAUCAUUCCUGUGUGCCCUUCGGCACUCGAGAGCCUGGCAUUUUCAUAUCGCACAUUGUGCCCGGCGGGAUUGCCUCCAAGUGCGGCAAGCUGCGCAUGGGCGAUCGCAUAUUGAAAGUCAACGAGGCGGAUGUUUCCAAGGCCACACAUCAGGAUGCGGUUCUGGAGCUGCUGAAGCCAGGUGAUGAAAUCAAGCUGACCAUUCAACACGACCCACUGCCGCCAGGAUUCCAGGAAGUGCUACUCAGCAAGGCGGAGGGCGAACGUUUGGGCAUGCACAUCAAGGGCGGCUUGAAUGGCCAGCGCGGUAAUCCCGCCGAUCCCUCCGACGAAGGCGUCUUCGUGUCCAAAAUUAACUCGGUCGGUGCGGCCAGACGGGACGGAAGGCUUAAGGUGGGCAUGCGUCUGCUCGAGGUUAAUGGACACUCGCUGCUGGGCGCCUCGCACCAGGAUGCGGUCAAUGUGCUGCGCAACGCUGGCAACGAGAUUCAAUUGGUCGUCUGCAAAGGCUACGACAAGUCCAAUUUAAUUCAUUCCAUUGGCCAGGCCGGCGGCAUGAGCACUGGCUUCAACUCGUCUGCAUCCUGCAGCGGUGGCAGUCGCCAAGGCUCGCGUGCAUCGGAAACGGGCUCGGAACUGAGCCAGAGUCAGAGUGUAUCCAGCUUGGACCACGAAGAGGAUGAGCGUCUGCGACAGGACUUCGAUGUCUUCGCCUCGCAGAAGCCAGAUGCACAGCAGCCAACUGGACAAUCGGUCCUGGCAGCUGCUGCUGCCAUGGUGCAUGGCGCCUCGUCGCCCACACCACCUGCUGCCACCUCCAAUACAACUCCCUUACCCACAGCCGCCCCAGUGGCAUCUGCUGAUUUAACAGCACCGGACACGCCAGCCACCCAGACCGUGGCGCUCAUUCACGCAGAACAGCAGGCCCAUCAACAACAACAACAGCAACAGCAGACGCAGCUGGCGCCUUUGGGUCAGGAGAAGAGCACCCAGGAGAAGGUGCUGGAAAUUGUACGCGCGGCUGACGCCUUCACCACCGUGCCACCAAAGUCGCCAUCGGAGCACCACGAGCAGGAUAAGAUACAGAAGACGACGACGGUUGUCAUAUCGAAGCAUACGCUCGACACGAACCCAACCACCCCCACAACGCCGGCGGCGCCUCUUCCCAUCGCUGGAGCAGAGUCAGCGAACUCGACUGGUGCUCCUUCUCCAGCUGUUCCUGCAUCCACGCCCGGCUCAGCGCCAGCUCUUCCUGCCGUGGCCGUGCAGACACAGACGCAAACGACCUCCACGGAGAAGGAUGAAGAGGAGGAGUCGCAACUACAGCAACGAGGCACCCAGACUCCAGAUCGCCUGGCACCCGGAGCACGUUACUCCUACCAGCAGAUGCUGGAGUCGCAGGAGGAGAAUCGAACUUCUGGCAAAGCCACCCAGGCGAAGCCCAAGAAGGCGGAGCCCGUGUACAUCAUAGAUGACGAGGACGAUGAGGAUGAUGAUGACGCAGAUUCCCAGCGGCUGGACGACAUCGACGCUAUCCAAGAGGAGGAAGAAGAGGAGGACACGGAGAGCUCUCCGCCCUUGGAAGUGCAGUCACCACCUUCCUAUGCAGACACUGAUUCCGAUACCUUCGAUCGUCGACGUGGCCGAUAUACCAGUGACUCGGAAAGCGACUGCCGGCCGUACAAACCAUCGAGAUCGGGACGCAGUACGCCAGAAUACGGUGGUCAUCGCAAGUCUGUAAGCUUUGAUCUCAGUGGGGACGAGCGCUCCAGGUCGGACUACGAGCGAUCCCGCUCCCGCACUCCAGAUGGUUAUACUAGGGCCUACGAUUCAGAGCAGGAUACUCGAGGAUCGGGUCGUAAUCGUCUGCCACGGAAAGGCAUAUUGCGGGCAACCAGCCCGUGCCCCACGCUGGAAAAAUCUGAACCCAUUGUGCCAGCAGUGGCACGCAUCCGUGAUGUGGAAUCGCCGCAACUUCAGCGCGUUUCACGGGCCACUUCCCCGGAUCGACCCGGCGAACUGGAGCGGGAAAAUCCUUUCCGUCAUCCCACUUCCGAGGAUGAUGAGUACACGCGGAUAGCGAAGGAGGUCAGCAAAUCGCCUCGGUCGCCGCGCUCCACACGUGAGCAGUUCUUCUUUGGGUCUUCGAGAUCCAGUGAGGAUCUGCUAGAGCAAUCCCAGUCACUAUCCAGCGGUCGCAGCACUCCCAACACAGUGAUCUCCAAGUCCACGGAGAACCUUACCGGCACGCGGCCAAAGAUACCUCCACCUACCGCUCCAAAACCGCAAUUAAAGAAGGCGAACCUGGUGCGAAAUGUAGCACUGGAAACAUUCCAGGCCAGCGAUGUGGGACAAGGUGAUUUUACGGUAUUCGAGCACGAUGCCAGCACGAAUACGAUCCAUCCCGUGGAGGCCAAAGUUCCCGUCAGGGUGUCAACCAAGACGAAACCGAGUCGCCCGAGGGAAUCACCACCACCGCCGCCAGUGAAUUUCGCCACCCUGCCGAAGUUGCCAAGCACGCCAACUUUGCGAGAGGCGGAGGAGUCCAUCUACAUGGAGGCCCUGCCGCCGACGCCCUCGCAGCUUCGGCCCCACGAAUUCGUGCACGAGAACUCACCGGACAAUAUUCUGGUCUCGCCGCAGGAGCACCGCGAGUAUUUGCUGCGUGAGAACGAGCUGAGGAAUCAGUUGAGGGCCCCAUAUGAACCCGCUCCACCUGUACCCAUUGUCGGCGGCGGAUAUUCGUCAACACCUGCCAGCAGGGAUGGAGCAGAGGAGCAGCAGGAAGAGGUUAGAGCCAAACCCACUCCGACUAAAGUGCCUAAAUCGGUUUCCGAUAAAAAACGCUUCUUUGAGUCAGCCAUGGAGGAUCAACACAAGCCCACACAAAAGACAGACAAAGUUUUCUCAUUCCUGUCAAAGGAUGAAGUGGAAAAGCUGCGACAGGAGGAGGAGAGGAAAAUUGCAACAUUGCGCCGUGAUAAGAAUUCCAGAUUACUGGAUGCCGCCAACGACAACAUUGACAAGGAUGCCGCACAGCAGCGGACCAAGAGUAACAGCAACAGCAGCAGCGGCGACGAUAAUGACGACAGCGACCAAGAGGAGGGCAUCGCUCGCGGGGAUUCCGUUGACAACGCCGCUCUGGGGCACUUCGAUGAUGCGGAGGACAUGAGAACCGCACAAAGUCUGGCGCCGACAAUGCCACAUGCCCCCAGCAAAAUACCCAAGCAGAAGUUGAAAGCGAAACAGAUUGAGUCGACUCCUCCUACUCCCACGGCACUUGAUCCGCCCAAGCCCUCGCUGCUGCCCAAGCCAAAGGUCAAGGUUGUCAUUCCACCAGCACUGCAGCAGCGUCUUAAGCAGCAGCAGGUGCAGCAGCAGCAACAACACCAGCAAUCCCAGCCCGAAGAGCCCUCAAUUCCGGAGGAGGAACAUCACCAGCAGCCGGAGCCGGAUUCGCCCUCCGCCGCAGGAGGCAGUCGCAUACCCGUAAGAACCCUAAAAGCCGAGCGCCGCGCCUUGGCCUUGGCAGCCCGCCAAUCCGGACUUAGUGUGGAGGAGUAUCUGAAGCGACUGGAGACGCAGGAUGAUAAAGAGUCCCCGGCUUCGCCCACAACGCCCACUGGCAAAAGCCGUUCUAUGAUUAAUGCUGAGAAGCGCGCCUCCUGGCGGGCAGCUCGUCUUCGAUCACUGGAACAGGGAGCCGUGGAGGCACAAGAUGUGAUCAAGAAUAUGCGCAAGAUGACCGACGAUCUGAUCACUCACGAGUCCAGAGCCAGCGAGGCUCAGCCGAAAAUAGUCUUUCCCAAAAUUGCCAUAAAAUCGAGCGACGGUCCAGUCAUUGUGCGCGAACGCGAGAAAAUCCUCGAUGAGAAGAUUGUGCGCCGCACUGAGGAGGUGGCAUGCCCCAUUACGGGGCGACCUCAACUGCGCACCGUCGAGUACAUUGAGAAAAUCAUCGAGACGGAGGUGGAGACCUGCAAGGAGCGAAUCAUAUCCUUGGAGCUGCAGGUGCCCGAAGCGGAGGACGAGGGCAGGCUAGAUGACACGCAACCGCCGCUGGAACUCGAGGCGGAUGACUUCCAGGACGACGAAGAUGAUGAAGAUGAUGACGACGAUGAUGAUGAUGAAGAUGACUACGAGGAUGAAGAUGAGGAGGAGGACACCGCCUCCAUUGUGACCGUACAGGCGAACAAUGAGAAGCUGUUCCUGCGCCACGACUCUGAUACCUAUGGUCCUUCGUCCAUUGAAAGUGUUGCAUCCGGCAAGGUGCGCAUCAAGCCCACGCCGUUGUCCCUUCACCAAACUCUGGCCAAGGAGACGACAAUUGUGGAGGUACUGAAUCCCGUCAUCGGAGGCGAUGGCAGUGCCCGCACCAUUCACGUGAGCGGUGGCUUGCCCUUCGAUGAGGACGCUUUCGAGCAGGGCGCCGUGGCCGUGCUGCGCAGUGAAACUUUCGUCCUGCCAGGUGCCGCCGGCGGUGGCAGGUCUGAGUUGUCAUUAAACGCUAAAAUGAAAACCGUGCUCGAGGAGCUGCUGGAGAACGAGCGCGUCAAAUUGAAUUUGCAAAAGAGCCUGGAGGGCGAGGAGGGGGAGGACGACGACGAUGAAGACGAGAAUGGCAGUGCCUAUGGUGACGCGCGGGACGAAGUGGAAAGCGCCUAUGGCGAUGCCAUUGACGAUGUAGUUGACUUUGGCAGCGCCACGGUCACGAGCCGCGCAGCUAAUGAUAAGGACGAUGUCAAGAACGGGAAUCAGCAGCUCCUCGAGGAGCUGAUUAAGGACAGCAACCGCAACACAAUCAUUGCUAAAUUGGCGGGCCAAUUGUCAGACGAUGAUGAGGAGGAUGACGACGAGGAGGAGAGCAGUGACUCUUCGGACGAGGAUAGCGAUGACUCCGACGAGGAGGACAACGCUCAGGAGCAGCUGAAUGUCACCUAUGUGCAGGGCGCCCAGGUGAUCGAGAAUCUCAAUACACUGGCCACGGGCGGAAAGCUGCAAAAGUCGCAGACCUACACGGCCAUUAAGCAGGCGGAGGAGCCAAAGGAGGAGGACACGAAACUGGAGGAGGAUCCAUCCGCGGAGAAGCCUUGCGGAGCUGAUACCCUGGCCAAGCUGCAGGCCGAGCAACGCGCCCUGGCCGAGAUCUCAAAGCAGUUGCGCAAGUCUGUGGAGGAUUUGCUCAGCGCCGAUGGCGAGACGGUGGUGGAAACUCAGAGGACUUAUACUUUGCCCGCUCCCAGCGAUAGUUCAGCGGUGGUCACGGUCACCGAGGUGGUCAAGAAGCAGAAGAAAAAGAAGAGCGAAACUGGGGAGGAGCUUUUCAAUCGCCUGCUAAACGCCGCAGAGUCGGAACGUCAGGUUUUCGACCGACAGCAGGGCGAGACCAUCACAACCACCACCACGACCACAGAGGCUGUGAGCUCGGAGGACAACGAGCCGAGCACCAGUGUGGUGACCACCACGCGGACUGUGUCCAAUAUUGUGACCAGCGGCAUUCCCAGGCCAGAAACCAGCAAGCAGAACAACCGCAGCAGCAACAGCAACAGCAGCAAUAAUAACCGCAACAAGAACAAGCGAAAGGGAAAAAAGAAGUAGAGGAUAUCCGGCAGCAGCUGUAAGGAAAUGGGCUGAAGUGUUGAAGUUGCGUAUACGCCGUGUGGUGGGUAUGGGUUCGAGUAUGAGUAUGUGAUCCGAGUGAAUAUACGCACAACCUUCCGCACAAACACUUCCUACCCACACACACACAGAAACACACAUAUCAGCGUGUUAGAGGGCUCGUUGUCAUCUCUCUAUAUUAGAACCACUAAUUGUAUACAUAUGUAUAUUAUGUAUGUACGAUAUUCGCAUAUGUAUCGAUAAUUUUAAUUAAUUGUGUCCCCUGCAUUUAUAAAAUCCCAUUUGUUACUAAUCAUCAAAGUGUACGCAUUAAAACAAAAUAUUUUCAUUGCAAAUUAAAAACAAAUCGAAUUGCCGAAUGAGAUAUUGCAAGAAUUUAACUGCAAAUUUAAUGUUGUGCAGCAACCGCAAAGAAACGACAACAACACAAAUCGCCACACUGAGCCCAUCAGAAUUGAAUUAAUACGACAACAGCAUCGGACAAAAAAAAGGGAAACAAAAAUCUUAUUUAAUUGAAUUAAAUAAUUUCACUUUGUUUGCAUUUAACUAUCAUUUGCAUACUGCAUCUGGUUUUUCUCCCUCAUUGUGUUUUUCCAAAUGGGCUUUGCUUAUUUUCCACAAAUUAAAUUUACGUUUUAUGUUUUAGCACAAAAAGUAGGAGCAAUCCCAAAUCCGUGCCCAGCAGCCGGCCGAAGUAUCCACGAUGAUCCUUCACGAGAACCAUUUAUGAACUUUAAGCAUUCCCGACUGCCCGAGUUUUUCGGGCAUACUCCUUUUAGUUUUAGCCAUAAGCAAACUAAACCCGCAA